AUGGACUCCGAGUGUAAGUAUCUGUUCAAGAUGAUCCUGAUUGGGAACAGCGGAGUUGGGAAAACCUGCCUAAUGAAGAGAUAUACGGAUGAGACAUACAGCUUUACGCAGUCAAGUACAAUAGGUGUGGACUUCAAGAUCAAGUCUUUGGAGGUUGCAGGAGAGAAGGUAAAGCUCCAGAUAUGGGACACUGCAGGGCAGGAAAGGUUCAGGGCAAUAAUAUCAAACUACUACAGGGGAGCCCAUGGGAUCAUUAUAGUGUUUGAUAUGGGGAGUAAGGAGUCGUUUGAUAAUCUUGGGGAUUGGCUAAGUGAGGUCAGGAAAAACACAAGCGAGAAUGUCGAGAUAAUCAUCUUGGGGAACAAAGUUGAUGACAAGGAAAAAAUUGUGGUUACAGACGAGGAGAUAGAGAAAUUUCUGGGCGAAAACGGCAUUGAGAAAUCGUCAUUCUAUAUGACCAGUGCGAAGGACAACAUCUGUGUUAACGAAAGUUUCGAGCAUCUAACAAAGAGACUUAUCGAGAAAUACAAGAAGAUCGGCUUUGGAACUGCAAAAGAGUCCUUUAAACUCAAUGCCAGGGAUUCCAAAAGUGCUUGUUGCAUGUGA